AUGGCCGACAUUCUCAAGGACCUCAAGCUGGUCUUUGUCGGCUUUCCAAACGACGACUUUGUCCGCAAGCUGUCCAACAUGGUCCUCACUCUCGGAGGCAGCGUCACCGCGACACUGACUCCCGACGUCACCCAUGUCAUCGUGGCCAAAGACCUCAAUGAGCUCCAGCACGACCCCAUUGUCCAGGUCGCAGUACACAGUCCAGUCUGGCUGGUGUUUACAAGCUGGCUGCUUCUCUCGCACAUGGUGCUGCACCGGGUGGACGAGACGGACCACGAUGCCAGGACCCUCUGCCAAGCCAUCCCCAGCGCGUUUCCCCCAGCAGAGCACCCUGGUACCAACAAGACUGCCAUCGUUACGGCCGGAGCCACGGCCAACCUUCCCAGCCUCACUGAUCAGCCAUUUGCCACCCGCUCGCCGGCUGCCACCUCCAGCUCUGGCCAGCGCGACGGCUACCACCUCGUCAAGUUCAACCUCAGUCUCUUCUGUAUCGUUGUUGUCGGCGCAUCUGAAAUCAACCUGACGCACCGCCACAUCGCGCCCAACAACGUCACCUCUGUCCCGGCCUCCCUGUACGACUUGGACGAUGCCUGA